GGUAAAAGAAAGAACAAUAUACGACAUUUUUUUUGCAUCAUGAUUUGCCGCCACAGAAUGCUUUAGGAAGAGUUAAGUUCAGUUUAACCAAGAAGUUUUGUAUUCCCGUUUAGUUAUUCUGAUAUCAUAAUUUUAGUCGUAGUCUGAGCUAUUCAUUCUAUGUAAUGGGCAUAACAGGUCUUUUGCCUUUUCUGGAGGGUGCAACAAGACCAUGCCACGUGUCCGAGUUCAGGGGAGGCACGGUAGCAGUUGAUUCAUACUGCUUACUACAUAAAGGAGUUGCGGCCAGUGCCUUCCAACUUGCCAACAAUCAAGAUACAGAUAAUUACGUGAGGUAUUGCUUAAAGUAUGUUAAUAUGCUUCUGCAACACGAUAUACGUCCCAUAAUGGUAUUUGAUGGACGUAAUUUACCCGCGAAAGCAGAUACUGAAUUAAAAAGGCGCGAGUCGAGGCUUAAAGCCAAGCAAAUGGCUAAGCAACUGACUCAGCUAGGGAAAACUACCGAAGCCGAGACGUAUUACAAACAGUGUUUAGAAAUUACGCCCGAGAUGGCACACAAAUUAAUUGUUGCUUGCAGGCAAAAAGGCGUUGAUUGCAUUGUCUCACCCUACGAGUCAGAUGCUCAACUGGCCUUUUUCAGCAUUAAAGGUGUUGCACAAUGCAUCCUAACAGAAGAUUCUGAUCUCUUGGUAUAUGGUUGUGAAAAGGUAUUAUUCAAACUGGACUCGCGUGGAAAUGGAAAACUGGUCGAAUCACCCAAAAUUCCAAAAGCGAUUAGAAUGCGCGAGGACCAGUAUUCAUUUGAGAAGUUCCGAUUUAUGUGCAUAUUAUCGGGUUGUGAUUAUGUACCAUCAUUAAGUGGCGUAGGAUUAAAGAAAGCCCUUGACUUCAUAAGAAUGAUCUCAGACACGGACCCAAAUAGGUUCCUUAACAGAAUCCCGACGUAUUUAAAAAUAAAAGCAAAAGUGACGGAAACUUACAAGGACCAAUUCAUGGUAGCUAACGCAACGUUUUUGCACCAACUUGUAUUUGACCCGUACAGAAAAGCACUAAUCCAUCUACGCGACCCUGGCGAAAUGGGAACAGAUCCCAAAUAUUUAGAUUCCCUUGGGGAGAAAUUUGAAGACCAGUUGGCGUAUGGAGUGGCAAUGGGGAACCUCGAUCCCAUUAGUUUUACCAAAAUCGAUGCUUGGGAACCUCGAAAUGUGCCACAAUACAGUAUUUGGUCGGGCAUUUUUACCCGCCGUAAUAAACGAACACAGAAGAAUACUCUUGAUUCCUUCUUGAUCCGACUAAAACAACCACUUACAUCAUUUGUAUCAUCAAAACCAACUCCCGAAAAUACUGACACACAACCAUCAACUCUUGAUGAUGAUAUUCAAAUUAUUGAGCCCACAUAAAAAAAUAUAGCACUGUGUACCUUAACUAAUUUAAUGUUUAGUAAAAUUUUUUAAUCAAUCUUUUUUAUCAAUGUAUGUGUAAUUGUUUGAAAUAUAAAUGUUCCUGGAACAAACAGAA